UCCCCUCAUCCCUGCGUUUAUGUUUAUUAUGGUCUGGAAUUGUCAAGGGGCGGCGUCAAAGUCAUUUCGCCGCGCCCUUAAACAAUUCAUUCGGGUAUAUAACCCAUCUAUUGUUUGUCUGUUGGAACCCAAAGUAUCGGGGGACCAUGCUAAUAGAAUAUGUAAUAGUUUAGGCUUUAGGGAUUGGAUAAGAGUUGAGGCCUAUGGUUUCUCCGGGGGUAUUUGGGUGUUCUGGAAGGAUGUCAUUAAGGUUGAAAUCAUCACCACUCAUCCUCAAUUCAUUUCUAUGCAGGUAAUUGAUAAUCUAUCUGAACCAUGGCUGUUUACCGUGGUGUAUGGGAGCCCCAAUCAGUAUUUGAGAAGGAACUUAUUUGCAGAUCUCUCUGGGCAAGACAUGGAUGUCCUUCUUCCUUGGCUCAUUGCUGGUGAUUUUAACUCAGUAACCUGCCAGGAGGAAGUCAACAACCAGGAUAACUUCUCCAUAUCUAGAAGUUCUGACUUUAAUGACUGGAUAUUCCGGGAAGGUCUAGUUGAUCUUGGUUUUGCAGGUUCGAAGUUUACUUGGAUGAGGGGCUCUAGCUCCUCGACAUUCAAAGGUGCGAGGCGGGAUAGAGCUCUGGCCAACACCACUUGGAAGUUAAAAUUCCCAUCAGCUUUGGUUGAACACCUCCCUAUUGUAGAAUCUGAUCAUUCACCUCUGCUCAUUAAUAUGUGUCCAUCAACUUCUGUAAGAAGGCAGAAGCCUUUUAGAUUUAUUAUGGCCUGGGGCACCCACCCUAAUUUCCAAGAUGUAGUAAGACAAUCUUGGGACAAGGACAUACACUUGGCUUUGAACUUGAGGAAUGUUGCUGAAGCUCUAACCCGCUGGAAUAAAAACGUUUUUGGCAAUAUCUUCUACCGGAAAAAGAAGAUUCUUGCCAGACUGAGUGGUGUUCAAAGAAGUCUUACAUUCCAGAUUAGAUCGGAUCUUUUGAAAUUGGAAAAGAAGUUACGAUAGGAUCUGGAAGAAGUGCUUUAUCAAGAGGAGCUCUUUUGGUUUCAACGAUCUAGAGAGGAUUGGAUUGCUUCGGGCGAUUGUAAUUCUCACUUCUACCACUUGGCGACUGCUAUCAAGAAUAGCUCUAUCAGAACUUGUGUACUCAAGGAUGCUGAUGGCUCCUUGUUAACAGAUGCUACCAGUAUUGAGAACCAUGUGAAGAAUUUUUUCAUUCAAUUAUUCACAGCAGAUAAUAAUUCCUUGUCCCCACAGGCAUCUCCAACUAAUGGUUUUCCAUCUCUGGCCCUGGAAUUUGGGUUGAAGUCAAUAAGCCAUUUACAAAGGAAGAGAUCAAGCAAGCCAUGUUUGACAUGGCUCCCUCCAAAGCCCCCGGCCUGGAUGGCUUCAAUGCAAGCUUUUACCAAUGCUCAUGGGAAGUAAUAGGAGCCUCUAUGACUGACUUCGCUUUAGCCUUUUUUGCAGAUGGCAUCUUACCUGAGGGGUGCAAUGAUACUAUUAUCUCCCUUAUUCCAAAAGUGGCAUCUCCAGGUUCUGUCAAGCAGUUCCGACCUAUAGGAUUAUGCAAUGUUGUUUACAAACUGUUGACAAAAACCAUGACCAAUCGUCUCAAGAGCAUCUCUAAAAUUCUCGUUGGCCCCCAUCAGUCUAGUUUUGUCCCGGAUCGUCAAAUAGUUGAUAACAUCCUUGUUUUUCAGGAAGUUCUUAACUCUAUGCAUCAUAAAAAAAGGUGCUACAGGAUGGAAGAUUCUCAAGGUUGAUUUAGAAAAAGCUUAUGACAGGUUAUCGUGGAGCUUUAUUGAAGACACUUUGCAAACCAUCCGCUUCAAUCAACAGUGGAUGCGCAGCAUUCUAGCUUGUGUAACGACUCCCCGGAUGGCAAUCAAAUGGAAUGGAGAGCUCUUUGACUGGUUUCAUCCGAGCCGAGGAAUUAGACGGGGAGAUCCAAUCUCGCCCCUACUAUUUACGAUUUGAUCUUGUUUGGCGAAGCAUCAUUGGAACAGGCCACCGUGAUGAAAAGAUGUCUGGAAUCCUUCUGCAAUAGCUCGGGCCAGAGAAUCAAUCAUCAGAAAUCCUCAGUGUUCUUCUCAUGAAAUAUUUCACAGGACCUUCAAGCAUCUAUUUCAUGCAACUUUGGAAUACCAAGAGUGGAAGACAUGGGUAGAUACCUUGGUGUUCCCUCUAUACAUGGGAGGCUAAAGAACGAUUCUUUUGCGGGGAUUAUUGAGAGAGUUUAAUCCAAACUAGCAGGGUGGAAAGGAAAAACACUCUCACUCGCGGGUAGACAUGCUUUGGCUCAGUCCGUACUCUCGGCUAUUCCUUACUACUCGAUGCAAUCCAUUAUCUUGCCUGUAGGAGUCUUGAAAACUUUGGAUCGCUUAAUAAGGAGCUUUUUAUGGGGUAGCUCUACUGGGACGAAGAAGGUCCAGCUUGUGAACUGGGAUACUGUGACAUUAAGCAAAGAUAAUGAAGGUCUUGGACUGAAGAAACUUGAGCAAAUGAAUCAUGCUUUUAUGGCCAAACUCGGCUGGAGAAUCCUGCAAAAUGAAAAUUGCUUAUGGAUUCGCUUGCUCAAGGCCAAAUAUUCUAUUUCUUCUGAUGAUUUUGACACUUGGCAGCCUAAGAAGAAUAUGUCACCACUCUGGAAAGGCAUCCUCAGAUCAAGAUACAUCCUUCGCAAAGGCAUUAAGAGGAUUGUCAGGAAUGGGAAAGAUACCCUUUUUUUGUUAGAUACUUGGCUGGCAGAUUUUCUCCUUAAAGAAGUAAUUUCCGACCCUCUCCCCUGCCUGAGCUGUACAAGAAUGUGGCAAGCUAUUGGGAUGAAACGUUUGGUUGGAAAUGGGAGGAAUUGGAUCAGGUUCUGCCCAGCAUCUUCCUAGAAAAGUUAGCUGCUGUUAUGGUGUGUAGCAAUUCGGAAGAAGAUGAUUCGUUCGGGUGGAAGAGCGAACCCUCCGGCAUCUUCUCGGUUAGUUCGGCCUACGACUUAGCAUCUUGCUCUUUUAACUCUGUGGACGCAGCGAAGUGGAACAGUAUUUGGAAGUUGAAAGUAUCGAAUCGAGUUCGCUUCUUUUUCUGGCUCGCUAGACACAACAAACUCGUGACAAAUUCGUUGAGAUUUAGAUGUGGGUUGUCCAGUAGCAAUAGAUGUUAGCUAUGCCAAGAAGUCGUAGAAGAUACAGAACAUGUUCUGAGAAAAUGUCCAGUAGCCGAUGCAGUUUGGAGCUCAAUACUCCCUAGGACUCGUUACCAGCUUCGGAACUUGUCAUUCACCGACUGGCUUGACCAUGGCCUCAAAAGCAGAAAUCAGAGCCGCUACCCAUGUGAUUAUAAGGCGUUAUUUGCGAUCACAUUAUGGUGGAUUUGGAAAUGGGGUAAUGAGGCCAUUUUCAACACCAAAUCUAUUCCUCUCCAUGCCAAGGUUUCUUGGAUCAAGACCCAAAUGGAAUUAAAAGUAAAAUCUUUUGAUA